AUGGAGGAGGUGUCGGCAGUCCUGGCCAAAAUGCAGCCAGAGCUCAUCUGUCCCGUCUGCCUGGACUACCUCAAUAACCCCAUCACCAUCGACUGCAGCCACAACUUCUGCGACUCCUGCAUCCGCACGUCAUGGAAGGACCUGCAGGACAGAUUCCCUUGUCCUGUGUGCCGGCGGACCGUUCAGGAGAUUCGCGUCAGUGGCAACGCCCAGCUGGGCAGGCUGGUGGACCUGGUCAAGCUCCUACAUAGCUCUGGGAGUAGCAAUAUGGUGCGGGCAGAGGAGCGCAGGUGUGAGGAGCACAGGCAGGGAGUGAGCCUCUUCUGCGAGGAAGACCAGGAGCCGGUGUGUCCCCUGUGCGCCCAGGGCCCUGUCCACCAGGGCCACCAUGUCAGGCCCCUGGAGGAGGUUGCACAUCAGUACAGACAGAGGCUCGGCGGCUUCAUCGAGUCCCUGAAGACACAGCUGGCAAAGGUGGAGAAGCUCUUAGCUAUCCAAGAGAGAAAGCUCCUGCAGCUGAGAGAGGAGGUAAGAAUGCAUAACAGUCAGUUGGCCUCGGAAUUUGAGCAAGUCACUCAGUUUGUGGAGCGUGAGCAAGAGGCGGCCCUCUGCAGGCUGGCCGAAGAGGACAAACGCCUGCAGCAGCAGUUCAGGGCCAACGUCGCUCUUUACUCAGACCAUAUCUCAAUGCUGAAAGACCUCAGAAGGGAGGUGGCCGAGCGGAGUGUGAUGUCCAAGGAGAUGGUGCUGAGGGGCGUGAGGGGACUGCAGCAGCGCUGGGCAGGCCUGCAGCUCCCAGCCGUGCAGCCCCUGCGUUUCAGGCCGGUGGCCUACAGCCUCCCUCCUCUGUGCUCAGCGCUCAGCAGCAUCAUCCGGAGAUUCCGAGAGAGCAUCAGCCUGGACCCAGACACGGCCCACCCCAGCCUGUGCGUGUCCCAGGACCUCCACUCAGUGACAUACGUGAGGGAGAGGCCCAAAGGGGAUGGGGAUUCCGGGCCCUGGGACUACACUGCACCGUUGGUGGUCCUUGGCCGGGAGGGCUUCACCUCUGGCCGCCACUACUGGGAGGUGCAGGUGGGCGCCAAGCCCGAGUGGGCCGUGGGUGUGUGCAGCGUCGCCCCUUCGGCCGGGGCCUCGCAUCCCCUGGUGGCUCCCAAGAGAUGCUGGACGCUGCACCUGCAGGACGGCGACUACCUGGCCGUGAGCGCGUGGGCCGUGCCUCUGGCUCUCAGGGACCAGCCCAAGUCCAUCGGCGUUUACCUGGACUGGGAGCUGGGCCAGCUUUCCUUCUACAACGCUGAUGACAGGUCUCAUCUGCACUCGUUCACGGAGCCCUUUGCUCAGGAGCUCAAGCCGUACUUCCGUGUGGGGCGCGACAGCGCCCCUCUGUCCGUGAGCGUAGGGAGGGUUUAA